AAAGUUCGAUAUACCUAGUUUCACACACAACACAACAAACAUCUCCAACCGUCUGAUCCAGUUAACACACAAUGAUCCUCCGUUGUUUAUAUGUAUCAUCUCUUUCUACCUUCUCUCCUUUUCUUUUGUUUCUCGUCACUACCAACGACACCGCAGCCGCAGAACACAACAAGCACCAUUCUCAAAGUGGUUGGGUUCGAUGGAGAAGGAGAAAGAGAAAGAGUUGGUCGAAUUGUACGAAGCCGCGAAGAAAGCGGCGGAUGCUUCCACCUCCACCGAUAAUAGUCCCAGCGAAGAAACCCGAUGCCUCGAUGCGCUUGAACAGCUCAAGAAUUUUCCGGUCAAUUACAAAAUUCUCGUCAAUACCCAGGUGGGAAAACAUCUUAAAACUCUCACCAAGCAUCCCAGGGAGAACAUUCGGGCUUUUGCUGUUGACUUAAUUGCGAUAUGGAAAGACGUAAUUAUCAAGGAAACAAGUAAAAAUAAGAAUGGGGCCUCUGAUUCUAAGGUUGAGUCAACGAAUGGGGAGAGAGCUAAAGCUGGCAAAUUGCAAAAGAGUCCUUCAGUGAAGGUUGAGAAAGGUGAAAGUGCCAAGGUGGAGAAAGUUAAUGGGAAUGGUUCAUCAAAGCUGAGCUCUGGAAAUGUAAAGGCACAAAAUGUGGAUGUUAAAAUUGAGAAAACUGAUCGUACCUCCAACAUCAAAGCGAAGGAGGAAAAACCAGUAUCUGCGGCAAAGAAAAUUUCAUCCAGCGCUGCUGCUCCACCAAAGCUGAAGACUAUGAUCAAAUCUAACGAUUCAGCGCGAGACAAAAUAAGGGAACUUCUCCGAGAUGCUUUAGCGAAGGUCUUUGAAGAGGCAGAUGAAGAUAUGAUGGAUGAAGUGAAUGCAUGUGACCCUAUUCGUGUGGCAGUGACAGUGGAGUCCGUAUUAUUUGAAAACUGGGGUCCUUCAAAUGGAGCCCAAAAGGUCAAGUAUAGGUCCUUAAUGUUUAAUCUUAAGGAUCAGAAGAACCCAGAUUUCCGGAGAAAAGUUCUGCUUGGUACUGUUGAGCCACAGCGGCUGGCCGUCAUGAGCUCAGCAGAAAUGGCUAGUGAGCAAAGGAAGCAAGAGAAUGAGAAAAUCGAGCAGAAAGCUUUGUUCGACUGUGAGCGCGGACUUCAACCAAAAGCUACUACUGAUCAAUUUAAGUGUGGUCGGUGUGGACAAAGGAAAACCACCUAUUACCAAAUGCAAACUCGCAGUGCUGACGAACCUAUGACAACCUAUGUCACUUGUGUUAACUGCAACAACCGUUGGAAGUUUUGUUAGUGCUGUGGUGAUUGGUGACUCUCACAAGAGCUGUUAUCAGUCGUUACUGAUAUAUAGUGUAUGAACGUGUGAUGUCAUUGCGGUUCCACACCGCUCUACUGUAGCACCAGAAUUUUUCUGUUCAGACUGUUACAUUUAGAAACUGUUUAGGACUAAAUGUACUUUUUAUUCUUUUAGCUUAGAGUUUUAGCGUUUCUGUAGUUUGUUGUUAUGUUACAAUUUAUUUAUCUUUUUAUAAAAUUGCACCAAUGUUUUUUUCUCAGGUUU